AUGGCUGAAAAGAAGAUCUCUGAAAUCCUUUGGGAAAGACUCAUCAUCACUGAACAAAACAUUGCAUCGAACAACGGUGCACCUACCUCUGGUGUCAAAUCAAAGUAUCCAAAGAAAAAGAAAUUCAGAAGCAAUCGUGAUUCUCUUGCUUUUAGAGAGUCUCCUGGUAAACCUGGAACAAAGAGAUACAAUAGAUAUAUGAACACCAAGUUCCUAAAGGAUGGAGGUAUUCUUAAAGAUAGAUUCGAAGCCGAAAUGGAUCACAAUAUAUACGAGCGUAACGAGAAGCUCAUCUACCAAGAUCGUGAAAUGAAAUAUGAGUGGGAGCCAUACAGAGACAUCUCCUACGAUGUUCAAGUAGAAAUGUUAAAGGAUUGUUUGCCUUCUGAAAAGGAUAGAAAAGGUAAAAGAUUCAGAGAGAAUCCAAAGACAUUACCAAUCAAUCAAUCUUUCACUAUGCUUCAAAAGAAUAUUCGUGAUGCUUUCAAGAAGCCAUUCAUCCAACAUAGUUCAUUCAUUGCCACUGCAGAGGACCAGAUGAUUCAGUUUAUCUCGAAUCCAUACAUUCAAACCACCGAGGUUGAACUGGAAUCCUCACAUCAUCGUUUACUUUUACAUGGAAUUGGUUCAUACUAUUCUGUCUUGACAAAGAGGGUUACUGUAAGAAAAUGUUCGAUACUAAUAUUUUAUGUUGAAAUUGUUAUACUUUUGUUAGUUUGUGAGAUAAAGGGUGAACUGUUGGAGAUUCCUAAACUUCAAAGACUUUCACGUUCUUUAAAAGCUCUUAGAGCAGAUUCGGAAGACAAAAACGAUCUGCUUUACAAUGUUCUUAAAAUAGACCGUAAUACCGGACUUACUGUUUCAACGACUCAAUUGACAAUCAAUAUUUUUAAUAAACUAGGAACUUGGUUAGGAGGUGUAUCUAAUAGUCCAUUGGUUCAAGAUUUUGUUAGUAAUUUGGGUGAUAGUUUGGGUGCAUUGUUCACUCAAUGGCUCCAAAAAGCAGUUGGAAACUCAAGAUAUCUACACAUUACAAAGAUCGCUCAGACUGAAUUAAUGAUUGAGGAUUUAACUCAAAUAAUGAAUCAUGAAUUCGAUAGAUAUAUUAAUUAUCUUGAUGCAUAUAUUUAUGAACAAACACAUUAA